AUGGCAGACCACUCCUCCCCCCGCUUUGCUGGCUCGAAAGAUCUAGCCGUCAAGUUGGACUUCUAUCAGAACAUCGAAUCCACGAUGCAAGAUGAGCCUAACACCGAAUUAGACUAUGAGCCUGACGGGUCCAAUAUUCCUCAAGCCAUGGCAUAUAAAUUCCAAUCUGCUGGGCCCCAAUCUGUCGACUGGACUACGCGCGAGUCUCUUCCUGCGGGCUCCGAGCCGCCAAUCGAGGCAUUACUCGAGGAUUUCGAUUGGUCCAUAAAAUUUCAAGAAGUCUCCGAAAUUAUGAGCCUCGUUGAAGGAACGGAUAUGGAGGAUUCCGGGAGCUCCAUGCAUGAAGAUACCUCUCAGCUCGCGGGAGACAAGUCGAAGAAGACUUACGAUAAAUUCAAGGAUGCGCCCGUGGGUUCGAUUAUCGUGUAUUUGGCGUACAUGAUCCACACCUUCCGGAACGUGUCGGAUGGUCUCAUCGACACCAACUCGAUCCUAAAAGGAAUGCAAAUCGCAAUGCGGUUGGGCCCGCAAGCUGGGCACCCGCGCGAUAAAUGGACACGGGCGAAACAAGCCGAUGAGGUCCCAAGUACUUGGAACGAGAAGAACGUUAGCACGGCAGGGUACCAACCACGAUAUCGCACUCAUCCUAACAGGAAGACAACGAGCAUCACAACGGGACUAAUGAGGCUCGUUGAUCCGAUGCCAUUCAAGGACCUAGCCAACGGUGUUAAGGAGUUGCCUCAGGGAGAAGACUGCGGAGACCUGACCUGCUGCGUUAGUUACCAUCUCCGUCACCCGAACGAAGACUGGACCUACCCGACGGACUUUGCUAAGUUGGUUAAUCACAUUGGCGGCCUGAUGCACAUCUCUAACCACCACACCGACCAUGAAGCCUUCUCACGAUGGGAAGCGGCCAUGAAGUCUAGCAUGGAGCUUGACAAGGAGGUGAAUUGA